AGACACAACAGAAAAUACAAAUAACCAAAUCUUUUUUUUUUAUCCAAAUUCAAAUUUUAAUUGGGCAUGCACUAUCCUUACACCAGACCCGAAUUCAUCGGAGCUUCAGAGACCCGGACCUGGUAUCCCUAUCAGGAGCAGUUUUCACCGGAGCAAGAGCUGUCAGUUCUAGUCUCUGCCUUGCAACACGUCAUCUCAGGGGAAGGGGACACGACGCCGUAUCAGGCCUUCUCCAGCGACAGCACAGUGAUAAUGCCUCGGUCGGAUUCUGUCGCUUGCCAAGUUUGUAAGAUCGAUGGUUGUCUGGGCUGCGACUACUUCUUCGCGCCAAAUCAGAGAAUUGAAAAGAGACAACAAGUGGAAGAAGAAGAAGAAGAAGAUGGGGUUACUAGUAGAAGAGAGAGAUCAGUGGCUGCUGUGGCGGCGAAGAAAGCGGAAGGCGGGAAAAUAAGGAAGAGGAAGAACAAGAAGAAUGGAUACAGAGGAGUGAGACAGAGACCUUGGGGGAAAUUUGCAGCUGAGAUCAGAGAUCCCAAGAGAGCGACACGUGUGUGGCUCGGCACUUUCCAAACCGCUGAGGACGCGGCUAGGGCCUAUGAUAGAGCCGCUAUUGGGUUCCGUGGGCCACGGGCUAAACUCAACUUCCCGUUUAUGGACUACACUUCUUCUCCUGUUGCAGCUGACGCUAGUGCAAGUGCGAGUGUAAGUGCAGUGGAUUCUGUGGAAGCAGAGCGAUGGGGCGGAGGGAGAGGAGAGUGUGAUAUGGAUGAAGAUUUGAAGAUGAUGAUGGAUUUUGGGAAUGGAGAUUCUUCGGAUUCAGGAAACACUAUUGCUGAUAUGUUUCAGUGAUAUGUUUUUACUUGGUUCUUUAUUCUUGGCUUGUUUUUUUAAGUGCAAGAGGAGAGUGAACACUGGCUUGGCUUGUUCAAAUUGAGCAAGAUUCUUGGUUUGUUUUAUCCUGUAGAGCCUUUUGACUGUAUUAGGGAACGGAAAUGUAAUUAGUAAUCUGAAGGUUGUGUUUUUUGGUCAACUCUAUGUUAAUAAACUCAUCAUUGGUCUGAUGUAAUUUAGUUAUAACGGAUAAAAGUAUGUUUUGGUUGACAAACAAAGGAAAGAUGUCUAAUUUUAAAGACCUUCGCGUGUAGCGAUCCUGCAAACAAUGUGGCAUCUCCCAGAGAAGAGAUCAUUAGUUAUAUGCAGGGCGGCCGACUUAAGUUGGGAACAACACUCUACAUAACUGCUCACUAACCAACUCAAAAGAGCUAUAAUCUAGUUAUAACAGACCAAUAGCUAAGGUUCAAACAACUUAACUAGACUCACUGUGUCUUUUGCUUUUAUCUCAGAAGUAGCUAAGAAGGGUCUCAAGAACCACAAGCAACGCU